AUGAUAUCCUCAGUGCCACCAUGCCCUCCCCCAUCUUUCCAACUCCAACGGUCAAAACGAACUUUCAAAUCUCCCGCCACCUCCAACACCCCUUUCCCGCCAUUCCAUUCCCUCCUUCACAACUGCUCUUCCAUGCAACUUCUCCACCAAAUCCAUGCCUUGAUGCUCAAAACCAACGCCAUUGCUGACCCUUUCCACCUCUCCAAGAUCCUAUCUUUCUCCUCUUCACCGGAUUCAGGUGACCUUCAUUAUGCCUUCAAGUUGUUCUCCUUAAUUCCUCAGAGAAACUCAUUCCAUUGGAACACCUUAAUCCAUGGUUUCUCUCUCAGUUCUUCACCAGAACAAAAGAACCUUCUCUUGUUAAUCCAUUUACUUUUCCCUCCUGUUCUUAGAGCUUGCGGAAAUAUGUCGGCAGCUUUUGAAGGAAUUCAGGUUCAUUGUUAUGCUGUUAAGUGUGAGGCAGUGGCAGACUUGUUUGUGCUCAACUCUUUGGUUCAGAUGUACUUCAAGUGUCGGCUUUCUGAUAAUGCGUGCAUCAUAUUCGAUAGAAUGCCUGAGAGGAAUGUAGUUUCAUGGAACUGUGUCAUUGGAGGUUUUGCUGAGAUGGGAAUGUGGGAGAAUGUGAAGUCUUUGUUUUGGGAUAUGGUUGAAGACAUUGUUGUUAAACCGAAUGCACUGACACUGGUGAGGAUGGUCACAGCUUGUACCAAAUCAGGGGACUUGAAUCGGGAAACUUGUGCACCCGGUAUAUUGAGGAUAAUGGGGUUUCGCAUGCCGAUUCGGAACACUGUGGCUUGGAAUGCGAUGAUGUAUGGCUAUGUUCUGAAUGGUUAUUUCGAUGAAGCGAUUUCACUUUUUAUAGAGAUGCUGAUUCUUGGUGCAAAAACCGAUGAGGCUACUAUGAUAACUAUCUUGUCAGCUUGUUCAAAAAUCAGGAAAUUUGCUUAUUGGCCGAGUCGGUAUGUUAAAACUGGACAGAAAGAGGUUGCUCUAGAAAUAUUUCACAACAUGCCUCGCAAAAGAUUUGGCGUCAUGGAAUGCCUUGAUUACUGUAUCACUCUUGUCAGCUCAUUAUCUGCUUGUGCAGGGGCAGGAGCUCUCGAACUCGGAAAGUGGCUUCAUGCUUACAUCAAGAGAAAUGACAUUGAAAUGGGCGCGACAUUAUGCUCUGCACUAAUAGAUAUGUACGCAAAGUGCGGGUGCAUUGAAUUGUCCCUUGAGGUGUUUGAAAGCAUGCAAUGCAAAGAUCUCGUCUGGAGUACCAUAAUCGGGGGGCUUUCCAUGAAUGCUCAUAGCAAGCUUGCUCUUGAGUACUUUGAGCGAAUGGUAGAGUGCGGAGGGGUACCCGAUUCCAUCACAUUCAUCGGAGUUUUGAGUGCUUGUAGUCAUGCAGGUUUGAUAGAAGAAGGCAAGCACUACUUCCUUCUCAUGACCGAAGUUUAUGGCAUACCUCCAACAUCUGAACAUUGUGGUUGUAUGGUGGACUUGUUUGCUCGACAAGGACUCCUAAGUGAGGCGAAAGAUUUCAUCGAUGGCAUUAGUAUUUCAUCGAACGGGACUGCCAUUUGGGGUGCUUUGCUUGGUGCUUGUACCAUUUACGGGAAUUUGGAGCUAGCUGAGUAUGCAGCAAGACAUCUUCUUGCAAUCAAUCCAGCGAAUUCAGGAGCUUAUGUUCUGCUUUCUAAUGUGUAUGCUAAAGCUUCCCGGUGGAGUGAUGUUAGAAAGGUUAGAAACAUGAUGAAAGAACAAGGGAUUGAAAAGAUACCGGGAUGCAGUUCAAUUGAGGUGAAUGGUGUUGUUCAUGAGUUCUUCGUCGGGGAUUUCUCGCACUCGCAAGGUGAAGAGAUCUACAUGAUGUUAAACAGAUUAGAAAAAAUGCUGCAAAACCAAAUGAUUAGUAGCUGAUUGGUAUUUCUGAUGAGAGUGAAAAAUUGCAGAAAACCUUGCUCUGGAAUUAUUUUGAUUGUUAUUGCAUUUUGAUUCUUAUUUUACAUGUAAAUUGAUGUAUUUUAUUGUCCGCUGGGUUCAAACUAGGAAUUGUU